AUUUUCUUAAUAAGAUUUAAAUUGAAAAUUUAAUAAGAUCGAAAGCCUAGUAUCCAGGGCCGUAAAAAUCAUUACAGAAAAAAUAAUGAGUAAAAAUGUAGUCUGUUUAAAAAAAUUAUUCAUUCGCAAAAUAUGGCGGAUGAUGAAGUAAAAUUAGCGCAAUCUGCCGUACCUGGCGGAGAUACAAUUUUCGGAAAGAUCUUGAGGAAAGAAAUACCCGCGAAAUUCGUCUACGAAGAUGAUCAGUGUGUGGCUUUCCAUGAUGUGAACCCGCAGGCUCCAACCCACAUUCUGGUUAUACCUCGCAAACCUAUUCCUCAGCUUUCCAAGGCUGGUGAUGAAGAUGAACUGCUUCUUGGGCACCUACUUACAGCUGCUCGAAAAGUAGCCACGCAGGAAGGCCUCGACAAAAGUGGCUUCAGACUGGUGAUCAACGAUGGACGCGACGGCGCUCAGAGCGUCUACCAUCUCCAUAUACACGUGAUUGGAGGUCGCCAAAUGGGCUGGCCCCCCGGCUAAAAUUAAAUACUUUUAAUAGCAGUAAACAUGGUUUCAAUCGCUUCAAA